AAGGCGGCAUUUAAACAAAGCUCCCGAGGAAAGGAGGGCACAAAUAGUUGGGCAUCCUGGGAGAGACAGGCCCCUGGCGGUGGGAGCAGCAGAUGGGAAGGUCCUGGGACCAGCAGCUUGGCACACCCAGGGAACACUGAGGAACCGUGCCUGGUCGCAUGAGUGCUUUGAGAAAAUGUGGGGCAGGAGAGUGAGGAAGAAAAAGGAGGCCAGGGGUCUGGGCGAGGGGUGGUGGCUGGUUGGGGUGAGUGAGUGCUGGGGAGAUUGAUUUGAUGGGGCAGGGCUGGGUGUGGGUAUGGUGGAGGUGCCCUGAGAGUUUGGCCUCAUCAGGGGACACUGGCGGAUCCUGGGUCAGCUCCUUUCAGCUGGAGGGAGCCAUGGAUCUGCUGCGGGAGCUGAAGGCCAUGCCUGUGACGCUACACCUGCUCCAGUCCACCCGGGUCGGCAUGUCUGUCAACGCCCUACGGAAGCAGAGCUCUGAUGAAGAGGUGAUCGCACUGGCCAAGUCGCUCAUCAAGUCAUGGAAGAAGCUCCUGGAUGCUUCAGAUGCCAAAGCCAGGGAACGGAGGAGGGGCGGGCCUCUGCCCACGACGUCCUCGAAGGAGGGCUCCGAGGCCAAGGAUCCCAGCCACAAGAGGCCGGAGCUGCCCAGGAUGCUGUCGACCCCGAGGAUGACCACAUUUCCCCCAGUGCCGGUCACCUGUGAUGCUGUGCGCAACAAGUGCCGUGAGAUGCUAACGGCCGCCCUGCAGACAGACCGGCUGCUUCUUGCAGGUGACCACAUGGCCCUCAGUACGGACUGUGAGCGCCUAUCGGCCCAGAUUGAGGAGUGCAUCUUCCGGGAUGUGGGGAACACGGACAUGAAGUACAAGAACCGUGUGCGGAGCCGCAUUGCCAACCUCAGGGAUGCCAAGAACCCCGACCUGCGGCGGAACGUGCUGUGUGGCACCAUAACGCCCCAGCAGAUCGCGGUGAUGACGUCAGAGGAGAUGGCCAGCGACGAGCUGAAGGAGAUCCGCAAGGCCAUGACCAAGGAGGCUAUCCGCGAACAUCAGAUGGCCCGCACAGGUGGCACACAGACAGACCUGUUCACCUGCAGCAAGUGCAGGAAGAAGAACUGCACCUACACGCAGGUGCAGACCCGCAGCUCUGAUGAACCCAUGACCACAUUCGUUGUCUGCAAUGAGUGUGGGAACCGCUGGAAGGUAGUUCUGCUGAGCCUGCAGCGGUGGCCAGUGCUGGCCGUUGCUCUCCUCACAUCCUGUCAACAGACACAGCUUCUCUGGAGACCCGCUCUCUGCCCUCCAGGCUGUCCCCAGAAGGCAGCACACCUUGCCCUCCCCCAUCUGCAGUGCACCUUUCUCCCAAUUAUUAAAUGUUUCUUUUUGCCACUGUGCUGUCCUUGGCUUUUGGCUCUGGUGGGCCAUGCACAGGCUUGGGCUGAGGCAGCCCUCCUUCCUGGGGUCAGGUGACACUUGGGUGUGGCCCUGGUGGAGCAGUGCUGCA